AUGGGCUCCACCGCAACCGAAACCGUCACGUUGAACUCGCGGAUCGGCCUGUCGGACGAGCACGUCGGCCUCCUGGGCGACGCGGCCGUGGACCGCGCCUCGAUCCAGGAAGCCAACCGGCUCCUCCAGAAGAACCACGAGGAAUGGCACAUGUUCUUCCGCGACCGGGCGGGCCACAACCACAUCGCGCACUCGAUCCUGACCUGCCUGGCGCUGGGGGCCGGGCCCGCGGACAUCCAGCGCGCCUACGACGACGGGGUGGGCAUCCAGCGGCCGAUCCCGGCGGUCGACAGCGCGACGGUCGAGCGGCUCACGGACGAGGCCUUCUUCCUCGAAACGCUGGGCGCGAUCACGCAGUACACCUCGUUCCUGGUCUUCUUCCAGCGGCAGAUGGACGCGCACGGGUGGCAGGCCGUCGUGAAACGGUACGUGUUCUCGCGCAGCGCGGUCGCCGAGAAGAUGCUGGCGCGGCUGUACGAGGGCGCCUACCACCCGGUGAUCCACCUGGGGCUGGGGAUCGAGUUCCAGCAGCCCAGUCUGAUCGCGGAGGCGCUGGCGCAGGCUGCCGCUCACGACGACAGCCACAUCAGCCGGCUGUUCGAGGCGUGCGAGGCGCAGGCGGCCAUCGCGUACCCGCCGGCGCACCCCAAGCCGCUGGUGCAGCUGCUGCGCGAGGCCCGCGCCACCGAGGCGAUCCGGGCCGCCCCGCGCUGGGAGGACUUCGGCAACAAGAUGCGCGACGGCGUCGUCGGCCGCGCCCUCCUCGAGACGGCGGCCCUCGGCUCGCAGUUCACCGUCAAGCCCGACGAGCGCGAGCUGCAGCGCCGCACCGCUGAGAUGAUCAGCGUCUGCGCCUACAUGGCCGGCGCCAGCCAGCGGCCCGGCCGCAAGCGCAAGAUCGACUUCUUCUACAUGCACACCCUCACCAGCUCCCUCUUCUUCAGCGUGCUCAUCCGACAGGACUGGAUCAGCCUCGCGGACCGCGUCCGCCUCGUGGAGUGGAAGGGCCGGCUGGAUUUGGCCUGGUACGUGGUCAGCGGGUCCGCCGAGCUGCACGACGACGCGAUCACGGACUACCACGACGACUUCAGCGCGGACAUGGGCUGGAAGGAGCUGUACGCAGCCGUCAACAAAGAGCACGACGACGGGCAUGUGGCGAAGAUGAUCCGCGCGCUGAAGAACGGCCAGGAGGCUGCGCGCCCGUUCGAGGCCGAGUACCCCGAUGCGUUCCCGGUUAAGGGCGAUAUGUGGUUGAAGAUUGCGCGCAUGGCGCUGGACACGACCAAGGACUGGCCCACCGACCAGAAGUUUGUGAAUUUUACGGGCUUUGACAUGGGGUGGAAGAUCCGGCCGGAUCUUGCUUAG